CGUCGCAAAAGCGCGACUACACAAGGGGCAGGCAGCGCUGGAAAAGUAAUUUUAGGACUACUCAAAUAUUCUUAUUUUAUGGCCCCUUUAUCGUUCAUGAUGAAUUCUAUUCAGGGGCACCUUUCCCAAGAAGGAAAACUACCGGAACGCAAAAGUGCAGACAAAGAGGAGGCUCAAACCAACGAUAAAGCGACUGUCAAAGGAUGUAAAAGCAAGGCUUUGUGUCUUCCAUUCAGCGUGGAAUCUUUAAUAUCAGACAGAACGACCACAAGGACUUUAUACGUGUCAUCUGAAUCGGGUAUUAUAUCUCCGACAUCCGGUGCAGAUGAGCGGCUGAGGCUCUCACCAAUGGCUCUUUACGCAGAUCGAAAGAUCCCAAUAGACAGCGUCUCAAACCUAUCCGACUGCAAGAGAGGAGAUAUGGAGGAACUUAGUGACAAGGGACAGACCGGCUGGUUUCAGACGUCCUCGUACACCUCUCCGCCAAGGCACUCAAGUCCACCCCCGUGCACCCUCAGAAAGCAUAAAAACAACCGAAAACCUCGGACCCCGUUCACCACCUCGCAGCUACUUGCUUUGGAGAGAAAAUUUCGUCAGAAACAGUAUCUCUCCAUUGCGGAGAGAGCGGAAUUUUCCAAUUCACUCAAUCUCACUGAGACUCAGGUUAAAAUUUGGUUUCAAAACAGACGGGCGAAGGCAAAAAGACUCCAAGAGGCCGAGUUAGAGAAACUGAAACUUGCAACCAAGCCAUUAUUACCUGCGUUCGCCUUUCCGUUCCCACUAGGAACACAUGUUGGUUCUCCAUCCCUCUACGGACACUCCAGUUCCUUCCCUAGACCUGCGUUACCAGUCCCAGGACUUUUCGGUGGGCCAGUAACCUACGGAAUGUAUUACUUGUCUUAACCGACUGAAGCACGUCCUUUCUAUAAUUCACCGUCAAUAACUGCUGUGUUUUUGCCAGUCAAAAGACGAGUGAAAAGAGCAAAUGUGUUCUCUUUAAAGAACUUAAGCAAUUAUCCAAAUUUAAAAGAAAUGACUCUUGCUAUAAGUUUACUCCAAAAGUGAGGGUCCCAAAAUUGGAAUGGGGGGCUUUGAGUGUGCAAUGUAUUUCCGCCCUUAAUACAAACUUUAUCUUGUAUAAUAUAGAAUUAAGCAGACAUACAAUUAUGUAGCUAAAUGUAUUUUUACCUAUAAAAGAAAAUAAUUUCCAAGAGAUUAUUUCAACUGGGGCACACAUCAGCAGAGGGACUCACAUGUUGAUAUGUGAUGUGAAAACACUCCUGCAUAUUUUACACUUGAUAAAAAAUAAUUUCAGUUUUACUACGUCUUAUGAAAUUGCAUUUCAUAAGAAUAAAUAAUUCGGGCCUAAAUGGAUGUCAAUGUGAGCAAUAUUCUACAUGUCGUAUCUUCACGAAAACCAAAAUAUUAUAGAGAUUGUACCCCGCAAUAAGUUUCGAAAUGCACGCUGCCAACAGGUCGGCCAAACCUCACAUUUUUCACUCUUUCUUUUUUGUCAAUAAUUUGACAGACUACCUAAUGUUUACCCAAUUAAACCCAGAUUUUAAUAGCCUUGCUUGUUAUUCCAUUGAAAUGUACAAUGAAGAAAAGCAUCGCCCGUUAUCGUGUAACUUCACUGAACUUGUCCUCACAAACAAUCGUUGUUACUUUUUUUUACGUGCUGUUGGAUUCAAAGAGGAUUUUGACCUGUUUUUUGGUUUUUCGUCUGAUUAGCCAUUAUCCCUUAGUAGGCUACAUGUAUGUUAGUUUGCUAGGUUGUAAGAUUAAUCACUAGAUUUUUAUUACUGUAAAUACACGUAUAUAUUACAGAUUUUUGCAUUCCCCUUUUGUUCCAAAUAGGAUUACUGAUAUUUAUACACUGUUUACAUUUAUCUUGUGUAAAUUACUGUAUAUUUCAUGUGUAUAUACAAAUUAGAAAAAUAAUCUUUUGCAUUAAAAACAAUAAAUCUCACAGAGACAGAU